AUGGAAGCAGCUAACCUCUUGGUGGCGACCACCGCCGUCGCCCUUUCCCUGGGACCUGAGGUCUGCAGCGGCAGCAGCCCAAGCCCCGGUGGGGUCAUCCGGUCGACCCCUGGUGGCGCAGCCCUGCCCGGAGGAGGGUGACCCUUCUCCGCCUUCACAGUGCUGGUGGUGACGCUACUGGUCCUGCUGAUUGUGGCCACUUUCCUGUGGAACCUACUGGUUCUAGUCACCAUCCUGCGCGUCCGCGCUUUCCAUCGCGUGCUGCACAAUUUGGUGGCCUUGACGGCCGUGUUGUACUUGCCAAUGGCAGCGCUGGUGAUGCCACUGAGCCCGGUGAGCGAGCUGUCAGCCGGGAGACGUUGGCGCCUGGGCCGGAGAUUGUGCCACGUGUGGAUCUCCUUCGACGUGCUGUGCUGCACCGCCAGCACCUGGAACGUGGCGGCCAUCGCCCUGGACCGCUACUGGACCAUCAGGCGCCACCUGCAGUACACACUGCGCACCCGCCGCCGCUCCUCAGCACUCAUGAUCGUGCUCACCUGGGCGUUCUCUGCGCUCAUCGCCCUGGUGCCACUGCUCUUCGGCUGGGGCGAGGCUUACGACGCUCGGCUCAAGCGCUGCCAGGUGAGCUAGGAGCCCUCCUACUCUGUCUUCUCCACCUGCGGUGCCUUCUACUUGCCGCUUGGUGUGGUCCUGUUUGUCAUCUACAAGGCAGCCAAGUUUCGUUUCAGCCGCCGCCGCAGGGCUAUGCUGCCGGUGCCCGCCACCGUGCAGGCUCAGGAGGCACCUCACGAGGCUGCAAUGGUGUUCAUGGCAUGGCAGCCAGCAGGGGCCUUCCAGGUGAGUGGGGAAUCGUGGUGGCAGCAGCAGGAGAAGCAGGUAGCUGUGAUGGUGGGCAUCCUCAUUGGCGUGUUCAUGCUCUGCUGGAUCCCUUUCUUGCUGACAGAGCUCAUCAGCCCUCUCUGUGCCUGUGGCCUGCCCCCCAUUUGGAAAAGCACAUUCCUGUGGCUGGGCUACUCCAGUUCUUUCUUCAACCCUCUGAUCUACACAGCCUUUAACAAGAACUACGACAACACCUUCAAGAACCUGUUCACCAAGCAGAGAUGA